AUGGAUAAUGUCAAGGCCUCUUCGGCGGAUUCGGAGACCGUCUUGAGUCCUCUGUGGACUGCUAUUUUGGGAAUUACUGUGGCUGUAGCCCUUUACGAAAUAUGGCUAAGGAAUACCCGCAAAUAUAAGUUAACCGCCAAUAUGCCCACCCCACCAAUGUUGCCAUUGAUUGGUAAUGGCCAUUUGGUGGCCCAUCUGACAAAUGCUGAAAUCCUUGCCCGUGGCAUUGGCUAUAUGCAAACCUAUGGCGGUGCUAUGCGUGGCUUUUUGGGACCCAUGUUGGUUGUCUUCUUGUGGAAUGCUCCCGAUAUCGAAUUGAUUCUCAGCACCCACACUCAUUUGGAAAAAUCGAUUGAAUAUCGUUUCUUCAAGCCAUGGUUCGGUGAUGGUUUACUCAUCUCGAAUGGUCAUCAUUGGCAACAUCAUCGUAAAAUGAUUGCCCCCACCUUCCAUCAAAGCAUCCUGAAGAGUUUCAUCCCAGCUUUUGUUCAGCACUCUAAGAAAGUGGUAGAACGUAUGGGCAAGGAAUUGGGUAAGGAAUUCGAUGUCCAUAAUUAUAUGUCCCAGACUACUGUGGAAAUUCUGCUCUCAACUGCCAUGGGUGUUAAGAAGGUGCCCGAGGACAAUAAGAGUUUGGAAUACGCCAAGGCUGUGGUCGAUAUGUGUGAUAUCAUCCACAAGCGUCAACUGAAAUUCUUCUACCGCAUGGAUGCUCUAUACAAUUUGAGCAGCAUGAGCGAGAAGGGUAAGAAAAUGAUGGACAUUAUUUUGGGUAUGACACGUAAGGUUGUCACCGAACGUCAGGAGAAUUUCAAUGCUGAAUCUCGUGCCAUUGUUGAGGAAGAUGAUGAAAUCAGCAAACAAAAACAACAAGCCAAGAAGAAGGAGGGUCUCCGCGAUGAUUUGGAUGACAUUGAUGAAAAUGAUGUUGGUGCCAAGAAACGCCUUGCCUUACUGGAUGCCAUGAUGGCCAUGUCCAAGAACCCCGAAGUUGAAUGGACCGAUAAGGAUGUCAUGGAUGAAGUCAACACAAUUAUGUUUGAGGGUCACGACACCACCUCGGCCGGUUCCAGCUUUGUCCUCUGCAUGUUGGGCAUCUACAAGGACAUCCAAGAGAAAGUCUUGGCCGAACAAAAAGCCAUUUUCGGUGAAAACUUUUUGCGUGACUGUACCUUUGCCGAUACCAUGGAAAUGAAAUAUUUGGAACGUGUCAUUAUGGAAACUCUGCGUUUGUAUCCACCAGUACCAAUGAUUGCUCGUCGCACAGAAUUCGAUGUUAAGCUGGCAUCUGGUCCCUAUACUGUUCCCAAGGGCACAACUGUGGUCAUUGCCCAAUUUGCCGUACACCGUAAUCCCAGAUACUUCCCCAAUCCCGAAAAAUUCGAUCCCGACAAUUUCUUACCAGAGCGUAUGGCCAACCGUCACUACUACAGUUUCAUUCCAUUCAGUGCUGGUCCCAGAAGUUGUGUCGGCCGUAAAUAUGCCAUGUUGAAACUGAAGGUCCUGUUGUCCACCAUCAUUCGUAACUAUUCCGUUCACAGCAGCCAACAAGAAAAGGACUUCAAAUUACAGGCUGAUAUUAUUUUGAAGAUUGAGAAUGGUUUCAAUGUUUUGUUGGAACGACGACCAGAAGCCAUGAAAGCUAUGUAA